AUGUACAGAUUUCUACCCCGGCUUCUGUACCGACAUACCUUUCACCUCCGACUACCCCACAGAGGGCUCAAAGCGCCAGCAGCAUCUCCCAAAGGUCUUCUAGCGGUCCCCGAUAUAGAUGGUGCUGCCCUUCUACGCCAGGUGAAGCCUGCAGUUCCUAAUGAUCUGUAUGUUUCUUGUACGACAUUCGAGAGUCUGGGAAAGAUCACCUCUGUGCUGAAAAAGUAUCCCAAAGUGCAAUUCCUCAAUGACAACAAGUUGUACCCUAGAGAUUUGCGCAAGGUUGACUCAUCUUCGAUCGAUGUGGCACCUUCGAUUAUGGUCAGACAGAAUAAUGCUAUCAUAGUCAACUUGCUACAUAUCAAGGCCAUCAUUCAAAAGGACAAUUUGAAAGUGUUUGACACUGUCAACUUGCAAGCUGCAAAUAAGUUGGGGUUGUUCAUGUACGAUCUAGAGCUCAAAUUGAAGACGCCUAGCUCUCUUCCAUUUGAGUUUAAAGCCUUGGAGUGUAUCCUCAUCAGCGUUUUGAGUUAUCUCGAGGCAGAAUUGCAAACUCAUAUGUCUGCCUGUGGCAAGAUUCUUGCGGAGCUCGAGGACCACAUUUCGAGAGAAAACUUGCAGGAGCUUCUUAUCAAACUGAAGACACUCACCAGUUUCUAUCAACGUGCCACCUUGAUUCGUGAUGUUCUUGAGGAACUCCUCGACAAUGACGAGGACCUUAACGAUUUAUACUUAACCAGUUCAAAAAAGUUCGAUCCAUCUAGUGGUAACACAGACUACUCCGACGCUGAGAUGAUUUUAGAAACGUACUAUCGACAUUGCGAUGAAGUGGUGCAACAGGCUGGGUCGCUUAUUAGUGACAUUAAAGCAACAGAAGAAAUUGUAAAUAUUAUUUUAGACGCGAACCGGAAUUCGCUUAUGUUGUUUGAACUCAAGGUCACGAUCUACACCUUGGGCUUCACAGUGGCCACGCUUACUCCAGCAUUCUACGGAAUGAAUUUGAAAAACUACAUCGAAGAGUCGAAUCUCGGCUUCGGACUAGUUGUUGUUUUCUCCAUCAUUCAGGGGAUAAUUAUCACUAUUUGGAACUUCAAAAAACUUUACAGAGUGCAGAAGAUGACCAUGAUGUCAAAUGCACCUACAUCCAUAAAAAGCGUGAUUCUUAAUCGCAACUACAGACCUUAUCUGUGGCGCCGGAAGUGGACCCGGGCUCUUUAUGGCAAUAAGAGAGAAUACAAUACCCCGACUAAAAAUGAAAGGGAUGCCAUUUGGCAAAUGAUUAACGAUGACAAAAACAUGAGAUAG